AUUCGCCCCGUCCAUCGUCGUGGGCCGGAAGAAACCCUCGGAAUCCUUCUCGUUGAAGCAGAAGGAAGGCAAUACAGACCGAACAGAGCCACUCUCUCUCUCUCUCUCUCUCUCUAGAAUCCUUCUGCAGAGUUUUCCUUUCAUGAAAGCUUCAGCAAAGAGCUGAAAAGGGGAUUCCUUCGAUGAGAAAAUGCUGGCUGCAGCUCUUCACAACCUUCGCAAGAUAGCCCUCUCUCUUUCGCUAUGUCAAGAUUUCUGACGUUUUCUAACAUUAGGAGGAUUGCAAAGUCGGUAUCAGGCACCCAGAGGAGCUUUCAUUCAGGAUAUAGGAACUAUGAGGCAAUUGCAUCGGCUGCUUUACACGCAAGGUCAUACAGACUAUAUUAUCAUUGUAGUUUUUCCGCGAAAGGACCCGGGUCUAGUUCUUUCUACAGUGGCAGAGAGAGUUUCUACAGAUGUAGUACUAACAGGAAUCUCUCGGUCCUCUCCAUAAGUAGUGCUAUGACCCAUCAUGCCCAACUUACUUGGAAAAGGCUUUCUCAGAAAUGUUGUUCUGGUGGCUACAAUUUUCCCCGCAUAAAUAAGAUAGCUCAAGCAGUUAGCCUCGCCUUGAUCCGUUCACCUCUUUUCGUUCCUGGUGUUUUUGCCUUCACUGGAGGUCAGGUGGCAUGGGCACAGAGAACAUCGAUGGACACAGGAUAUAUUCCAUCACAGGAUACUCUAUACAGGCAUGCUCAGGAUAGCCAUAUUUUCAUGAGCUCAGUAGUCUAUGCCAUCUACGAAGGCAUUAUCUUACUAUUUAGAGCUUUCUAUUUGGCAUUUUUGUUCUCUCCAAGUGUAAUUAUGGCUCCAUUUGCCGAUUCUUUUGGUCCCCGCUUUAGGAAGCUCUGGCUUCAGGUUCUUCACCGCACUUUGGAGAAAGCAGGGCCUGCGUUUAUAAAGUGGGGCCAGUGGGCAGCUACUCGUCCUGAUCUUUUCCCUCGAGACUUGUGUACCCAACUUGCGGAGCUUCACACUAGAGCUCCAGAGCAUAGCUUUGCCUACACGAGAAAGACUAUUGAGAAAGCAUUUGGUCGCAAGCUUUCUCAAAUCUUUGAGCACUUUGAGGAGGUUCCUGUGGCAUCUGGAAGUAUUGCUCAGGUGCAUCGUGCUACUCUAAGAUUUAGAUACCCAGGGAAGCAGGCAAAGCCCAUGGUAGUCGCUGUUAAAGUUAGACAUCCAGGUGUUGGGGAAUCAAUUAGGAGAGAUUUUGAGAUCAUCAAUUUAGUGGCAAAGAUCUCCAAGUUCAUUCCCACCCUAAAAUGGCUAAGAUUGGAUGAGAGUGUGCAGCAGUUUGCUGUUUUUAUGAUGUCUCAAGUCGACCUUGCUAGGGAAGCUGCCCAUCUGAGCAGGUUCAUAUAUAAUUUUAGGAGGUGGAGGGAUGUGUCUUUUCCGAAGCCAGUUUACCCACUCGUUCAUCCCGCUGUUUUGGUGGAAAGUUAUGAGCAAGGGGAGAGCGUUUCACACUAUGUUGAUGAACUAGAAGGGCACACUCGGCUUAAAAGUGCCCUUGCCCAUAUAGGAACUCAUGCCCUCUUGAAGAUGCUUUUGGUGGAUAAUUUCAUUCAUGCAGACAUGCAUCCUGGUAACAUCUUAGUCCGAGUGCCGAAGAACAAGUCUUCUGGGAAACCGCUGUCUAAAUCAAAGCCUCAUGUGGUCUUCCUUGAUGUGGGCAUGACUGCAGAGCUCUCAAAAAGUGAUCGGAUAAACUUACUAGAGUUCUUCAAGGCUGUAGCUCGUAGGGAUGGCCGUACUGCUGCAGAAUGCACAUUACGACUGUCAAAACGGCAAAACUGCCCUGAUCCAAAGGCUUUUAUUGAGGAAGUUGAAGAGGCCUUUUCUUUUUGGGGAACUCCUGAAGGUGAUUUAGUUCAUCCUGCUGAGUGCAUGCAAGAGUUGCUGGAAAAAGUCCGGCACCACAAAGUCAACGUCGAUGGCAAUGUGACCACAGUGAUGGUGACCACAUUAGUGCUUGAGGGUUGGCAAAGGAAGCUCGACCCCGGAUACAAUGUAAUGGAGACUCUGCAGACUUUACUGCUAAGAGCGGACUGGGCAAAGUCUCUCUCGUACACGAUUGACGGGCUAAUGGCCCCUUGAGAAGGGUGUUCUUUUAUGGUUCCCCUGUAGUUAAUUAGUUAUUCCCCUGAAACAAUUUUGACCUUGCAAGAACAACUGCAACUAUACGAAAACGUGUUCCCUAAGAAAUAAAGUGGCUUCCUUAGGUCUUCUUUUUAGUAAAUUUAGGAAUUUUCAUCUUUCUCGGAUAUAUGAGAGUGAUGCAUUCUGUAUUUAUUCAGUUGAUUUGUUUUGUCACAAAUAUUGAAUUUUGAAUCAAAGACAUUUUGGGCCGGCAGGUGAAAAGCUCGGAGGUGUUUGCAGAAGAAAACAUGAGCAAAUAAGAAUCUGAAGCAUUCUUUUUCCCA